GCACCGGCUGCGUGCACGAGUGGCCCCUUGGUGCGGGAAGAUGGAAGAGCUGAGCCAAGCCCUAGCCAGCAGCUUUUGUGUGUCUCAAGAGCUGAACAGCACAGCUGCCCCCCACCCUCGCCUGUCCCAGUACAAGUCCAAGUACAGCUCCCUGGAGCAGAGCGAGCGGCGGCGCAGACUGCUGGAGCUCCAGAAAUCCAAGCGGUUAGAUUAUGUGAACCAUGCCAGAAGACUGGCCGAAGAUGACUGGUCAGGGAUGGAGAGUGGGGAAGAGGAGAGCAAGAAAGAUGAAGAGGACAUGGACAUAGACCCUGGCAAGAAGCUACCAAAACGCUACGCUAAUCAAUUGAUGCUUUCUGAGUGGUUAAUUGAUGUUCCUUCAGAUUUGGGACAAGAAUGGAUUGUGGUUGUGUGUCCUGUUGGGAAAAGAGCCCUUAUCGUGGCCUCCAGGGGUUCAACCAGUGCCUACACUAAGAGUGGCUACUGUGUCAACAGGUUUUCUUCCCUUCUGCCAGGAGGCAACAGGAGAAACUCAACAACGGCCAAAGGUACCUACAUGUGA